AUGGAUUGCUCCUGGCCUGACACCACCCCCUUUGAUCGAAGAAAAGCAGCCGAUGAAUUGCUUCGUGGCCGUGAACUUGCACAACAACUACGAGCGUAUCUACAGAUAAGUUCCACUCCGGCCUCCCAAGAUCUACUCACCAGAAUCCUAUCCUCUUUCUCCAAAACACUUUCCAUCUUGAAUCAUCGCUGCGACUCCGAUGACAUAAAUGGCUCUAUUGUGGACUCACCCGAGGAUCAUGGUAGUAGAAAAUCCGAGGAAUCUGGAGACAGUUGCAAGAGCUCCACCCCUAAUAAUGAUCGCAGGGGUUGCUAUAAGAGAAGGAAGAGUUGCCAGAGUUGGGCAAGAGAAAGCUGCGACCUAGUGGACGAUGGGCACGCGUGGAGGAAAUACGGGCAGAAGACGAUUCUAAAUGCCAAAUACCCGAGAAACUACUACAGAUGCACCCAUAAAUACGACCAGACCUGCCAAGCCACAAAACAAGUCCAGCGACUGCAAGACAAUCCCCCCAAGUUCCGUACUACUUAUUAUGGCAAUCACACUUGCUCCAAUUUCCUCAAGGCUUCCGACAUAGUGCUCGGCUCCUCCAAUUUCGACGAUUCCUGCAGCGGAGUGCUCCUCAGUUUUGACACCACUGCAGCACCCAACUUUUUUCUCCCACACGAUCCUACGUUGGUUAAGAAGGAAGAAGUUGUAACCCCCGAUGCUGGCAGUGGCAGGGAUGACGAGGCAGUCUGUUCCCCAUCCGAUUACAUGAGUACGGCCGACGACCAUCUCUCCGAGGUUUUCAUGGGUUCCGUCGUCGAUUUUGAGGAUGAUGACUUACCACCAUUCCACUUUUGA